GGUAGACUACAAGUGUUUGGCAUUCAAUCAACUCGUUAGUUUCGAAAAGUUACAUAUUUAUCGUACCAAUUCUUUUUCAUGUGUAAAACCUAAUUUCGGGUUAGUUGAAUAUGGCCUGUAAGAGUAUUAAUCAGCUAUUUAAAAAUGUAAUUUCAAAACUGAUUGGCAACAGCAACAAAGUCAUGAGUGCCUUAUUCAAAGUUGCUCGGCAUGACAAGCCAACGGAACGACAAAUCGUCAAAGCUGCAACAAUAGAUGAACUCAUUUCCACUGCAAUGGUUAAACUACAACUGACACAGGAAAAGUACAAGAUAUAUACAGAUGACUUCACGGAUAUUGAUGAGGAUGAAAUACUGAUGGAAUUAGCAAAAGCCAAACAAGCUAAAGGGGAGCAACUCAUAUUAACUAUAGUUCCAAAUGAAAUUCCUUGGAACAGUAACGUAUUACUGAAAAAUACUUCUGCUGUGUCAUGUGGAACAACCGAUGAAAGUAUUCUACCAAAUCCAUCAUUACCACACCAAGCAGUGAAAGAAACAGUUGCAUCGAAGCCAUUACUAUCAUCAGGCCAAACUAAUGAUUUGCCCAGAAUUUUUCCGAAGUUUUCCACUAAUAUACAAUCGGCUCUACAAAACGCCAAAUCUGUAGAACCUAGAGACAGGAGGUCAAUGGUCCAUACUGUUGUGGAGUAUAUGAUACAUGAUUUGAAAGAUACGUCUCGUAAUACCGCUGAAAACAUCAGCAAACAAAUCGUUAAAGCGUAUCCAAAAAGUUUCACGACUAAGAUUGGCAAUGAAAAUAUUGGUGGUGAAAUUGAAGCCCUCAGGCAAACGAUUUACUAUGCAGUCCAUUACAAAAAAGCAUUAUCUGCAAAUACGCCUAAACUGUCUCAUAGUUUGGAUGAAACUGAGGAGGAAUCGAUUGAAAAACCAAAAGCUCAGGAUGAAUACGGAUGCGUGGCAUAUCUGCCCAUUAUACCGUCAUCUGAAACACCGGAUUCGCAAGAAGAAAAGCGAUUAAAACUUAUCCAAUACUCGAAAUCUUCAGAUGUGAUCAAUGCUGAAAUUUCAACUCUCAUGCGUGAAACUAAUUAUUCCCAGCGUAAAGAAAUUCAUAAAGACAAAAACUUAUCAAAUGUUUUUGAACAUUGGCCGUACUUUUAUCAUGCUAAGAUCAUCCUACAACACGCAGAUCAACUUUUGGGUAAAGACACUGAUAAAACAUGGAAGGAAUCAUUGAAGAAAUUGGCAAAACUGAUCAACUGUUGGUCAAAAAAUUCAGAGAUUCAUCGCGAAAUUGAAACGAAGAAUAUCAAAAAAAGCACAAACGCACUUGAAGAGAGAAGAUAUGUUCGUGAAACAUUGAAGAAUGCUAAAUCACAUUCUCAUAUACUCAAAAAUGAUGAGCCAUAUCAAGAAAUAAUAUUUGGCUUUAUUGGCAAAUUCAUGAAUAAGAACAAAAAUUUCUUUACGUUUUAAUUAAUGAAGAAGUAACCAACGACACAUUGAUCGAGCACGUUCCGGUAGCAAAUCCCGUGUUAAUGAUUAGAGGGCAAAAUCUACACAACGCAGAAGGAAACGUAUAUGACGUGAUUAUCGAUAAAAAGAUCGUAAUACGCGCGGACUCGUUCCUCGAUGGACUGCUCAUCACUUUUUUGAGCUAUUUCGUUUUCGGCAUUGCUUACCCAAAAGAAAUUGAAGGAACAUUGGAAGCAAUCCAACGGCUGUUUUUAGAAAUUUGUCCCCCAAAAGGAACAAAACGAAGUGGGAAGAGGAAGGCGACCAAUGUCCACCCAAAAAUCGCCACCAUGAUCAAAGAACUGGAAUCUUACAUCGAAGAUCAAUCCGAAUAAACUAAUUUUGCUUCUGAAUAAAAUCAAAGAUUGUAAAUUUUCUUGGUAAUUUUAUCAAACAAUUGUAGGAAGUUUU